GGGCGCGCAGCGCGGGGAUUGGCGGGCGCUCCCCGGUGCCCGCAGCUCUUCAGUGGAGCCGGGAAGAGCCGCGCGUCUGCGCGCCAGCCCCCGCCCCGGGCCCGCCGCCCGAGCUCUCUGGCGCAGCGCUAGCUCCGCCGCGCUCAGCUGCCCUGCGCCGGCACCCCUGGGCAUGAGCGCCCCCUCGACGCUGCCCCCCGGGGGCGAGGAAGGGCUCGGGACGGCCUGGCCUUCCGCAGCCAAUGCCAGCAGCACUCCGGCGGAGGCGGAGGAGGCGGUGGCGGGGCGCGGGGACGCGGGGGCAGCGGGCAUGGUUGCCAUCCAGUGCAUCUACGCGCUGGUGUGCCUGGUGGGGCUGGUGGGCAACGCCCUGGUCAUCUUCGUGAUCCUUCGCUACGCCAAGAUGAAGACGGCUACCAACAUCUACCUGCUCAACCUGGCCGUGGCCGACGAGCUCUUCAUGCUGAGCGUGCCCUUCGUGGCCUCAUCGGCAGCCCUGCGCCACUGGCCCUUCGGCUCCGUGCUGUGCCGCGCGGUGCUCAGCGUUGACGGCCUCAACAUGUUCACCAGCAUCUUCUGUCUCACCGUGCUCAGCGUGGACCGCUACGUGGCCGUGGUGCACCCUCUGCGCGCGGCGACCUACCGGCGGCCCAGCGUGGCCAAGCUCAUCAACCUGGGUGUGUGGCUGGCGUCCCUGCUGGUCACUCUCCCCAUUGCCAUCUUCGCAGACACCAGACCGGCUCGCGGCGGCCAGGCCGUGGCCUGCAACCUGCACUGGCCACACCCGGCCUGGUCGGCAGUCUUCGUGGUCUACACUUUCCUGCUGGGCUUCCUGCUGCCCGUGCUGGCCAUCGGCCUGUGCUACCUGCUCAUCGUGGGCAAGAUGCGCGCCGUGGCCCUGCGCGCUGGCUGGCAGCAGCGCAGGCGCUCGGAGAAGAAAAUCACCAGGCUGGUGCUGAUGGUCGUGGCCGUCUUUGUGCUCUGCUGGAUGCCUUUCUACGUGGUACAGCUGCUGAACCUCUUCAUGACCAGCCUUGAUGCCACCGUCAACCACGUGUCCCUCAUCCUCAGCUAUGCCAACAGCUGCGCCAACCCCAUUCUCUAUGGCUUCCUCUCUGACAACUUCCGCCGAUCCUUCCAGCGGGUUCUCUGCCUGCGCUGCUGCCUCCUGGAAGGUGCUGGCGGUGCCGAGGAGGAGCCCCUGGACUACUAUGCCACUGCUCUCAAGAGCAAAAGUGGGGCAGGGUGCAUGUGCCCCCCGCUUCCCUGCCAGCAGGAAGCCCUGCAACCAGAACCCAGCCGCAAGCGCAUCCCCCUCACCAAAACCACCACCUUCUGAGGAGCCCUUCCCCUAUCCACCCUGCAUGGCCACCUCCCAAGGGGUCGACAGCAUUCCUACAGCCCGGAAGACUGCAUCUCCUGAAUGCUCACCUAAGCUCCACCACCUGUUCCUUCCAGCAGCCCAUGUACCUGCCGGAGAGUGUCAGAACUCUUCUGCUGCUCUCCUCUCCCCUGCACUCUGGCUUUCAGAAGGAUGCUUCCAUAUGGAUAGGACUCCUCUGGAAACUGGGCUAGGAUAUUAUCAUUCCUGAACCUCUGGCUGUUCUUCAAGGGCUGGGAAGCAGGAGGUGGUGAGAAAUGAAUGGCCCCUGUGUGUGACUCCUUACAGCCACUGCUUGGGAGAGGACUCAAGAGGGUGGAGGGAGAUAGCAUCCUUCCUCUCUGCAGACGCUCUGCCUUGUGGUGGGAGCACAGCUUGUACAGGAGAGAGGAGGAAGGAAGAUGCCCCCAGGCACCUGCCCUUUAUGUGUCUUCCUGGGCUCCUGUUAAGUGAGACUUAUGUUUACAGCCUGGGGCACUUGCUUCCCUCCCCACUCACCCCCGGCCUGGGAAUAACAUCUGCUUGCUGUCACAGGUGUCUCCCUGGGUUGCCCUGAGCUGGGAGCAGUCUUCCUGUGAGUAGAAAAGGUUUGGAGAGACAUGACAUGGGGUUUAUUGCAAGGCAUAAAACCAGGUCAGUAAUAACAAAGCAGAUGAUAAAAACCUCGUCUAGCUCCUAUGAUGUAAUUUUUUUUCCCUGAUCCUUUGAUGUGGGAACAUGAGAACUCAUUAAGGCAGCAAUUUAUACUGUGGUAGUGAGUGGGAGAGGAGCCAUGGGCGGGAAAAGCUGACCAGAGAGCAGCGAGGGAUGGGAACCAGCCCAGGUUUUGGAUAGAGGAGGCAGCUUCAUCACCCCCUAUUUUAGAAUGUCAUCGUUCAGUAAAACAUCAGCCACAUUAGAUAUUAACAUGUAAGUUGAACACAAUAAAAGGCCGUAUCUUUGUUGCCUGAUGUGUUAACCAAAGGAUAAAUUAUCUUUCCCAAAGGGAAGGAGCUUAAGAGGAGCUCUAAUUCUUCUUUCUGACAAAAACAGGGGAGGGGACAAAGGAGAACUUGGAACACUUAUGUUAGCAUCUGGUGUGACAACAUAGGAACAUGUAUGAAGUUUGGGGGGCCCCACCUGGCUUAGCACUCAGAGACUACCUCUGGGUUUAGCCGGCCUGAUUCUGGAUGAUCAUUCUGUUGGUAUGGGGAAGAUGGUGUGGGGAGGGGAAGAGACAGCCAAAGGGCAACACCCUAUGCCCUUCAGAGUGGUCAGCCCCACAGACCACUCUGAGAGAAUGCGUAGCCAUGUCUGUACUACAUACUAAAGACAUGACUGUGGAACGGAAGUUUCAAAACUAAGCCAGAAAACCCUCUGAUCCUGCAAACACACAUGCACACACACAGAGACAUCAACCAUCCCUAAUUUGUUGGUACCCACCAGGGAUAGCUUGGUUAUGUGGAGUAAGUCAGUCUCCAUGUCUGUGGGUCUCGUGUAACCAUAACUACUUGGAGGUUUUUAAAACUGCACUAUUUCUUUGUUCCUCAGUGUCCGAUAAUGUCUGCCAGGAUGGGCACUGAUAAAUAUGGUUGAAUGGAACUCCAAGGACCACCCAGGCUGAUAGUAGUGAGGUGAGGGGUUCACAGCACUGGCAGUGGUCCCCAGGGCUUCUUCCCAGAUGGUACAUGGGGUUGGAGGUCCUUUCUUUAGUCUCCCAGUGAUCAGACUGGGCAAACUCUCUAAUAAGCAAGGCAGGGCACCUACCAGGACUCUUGGCAACACUAGUGUGUGGCUGCUCAGAUUAGCCUGGAAUAAGACACAUUCUAUUUAGAAAUGUCAACCUUUUUAACUUAGUUGAUGAAGGUUGAAGGAGAGGCAGCUUCAGGUGAUGGAAAGAAAAGUCUCUGAGAGGCAGGACACCUCAGCCUCAGCUACCCCGUGAGCAGUGAUUUAACCUCUCUAAGCCUCAGUUUCUCACUUGAAAUAUGCGCCAAGGGAGGUUUCGAGUUUUGAGCUCUUCCCACCUGUAAAUUCUGCAUUGGCAGAGACACUGGGGAGACACGCGAAUCAAAUGGUGGGAGGGCAGGAGAUAGCACGCUUCUCUGCUUAGUCCUCCUUCCAUCACCACUGGAAAAUGAGCGUGAACCCUGCCCUUGACCCUGCAGUCAUAAGUCAUGCGGGUGGCAGCGGGGUGGGGGUGGGGGGUGAGCCUACCCACUGCUCUCUUCUUCAGCUUCAGGGCCUUUUCAUUUCCCGGCAGCAACAAGGUGCACUGAGCACUUGUCGGGGCUGUGUUUGGAGCCCAUCGACAGUGCUGCCAGCUUUAGUUCCAUCAACCCCAGGCUUUUGUAACAACUGGUUGCAUGAAACCCUCCCUUGUAGUUUGUGUACAGAAGACUGCAAUGAAUUGAAAUCAUGAGACAUACAGCCAGGAUCCUGAAAGCCACUGACAUAUGUCACCUGCCUGGGAGGCUUGCUUCGAUGGUCAUCUUGUUCUGCCUGCUAAGACCAGGAGUCACAGCUAUUGACAUCAUUGUGAAUAAAAACAUUUUCUGCCACAGGUA